CUUAAAUAACAUUCAAUUUUGUGUAACUUAUAAACAUGGCAUUCAAAUUCUUCGCCCUUUUUGCUUUGGUGUCUGCCGCCAGUGCCGCUGUUCUACCAGUUGCCAUCAAGUCUAUUGAAUACCAGGAUGGCCCAGCUGAGUACCAGUUCGCGUACUCCGUCCAUGAUGACCAUACCGGGGACAUCAAAAGCCAACAGGAGGAACGUCACGGGGACAAUGUGAAGGGACAGUACACGCUGAUCGAUGCCGAUGGCUAUCGCCGAAUUGUCGACUACACCGCCGAUGAGCACAAUGGAUUCAACGCCGUGGUACACCGUGAGCCACUAGGCCAGAAGAUUGUCAAGACCGUGGUCCCAGUUGCCAAGGUUGUUGCUCCAAUUGCUCAGCACUACGCUGCUCCAGUGACCAAGAUCGCCUACCCAGUGCAAAAAAUCGCUCUCCCAGUUGCCAAAGUAGCCAUCCCAGUCCAGAAGGCUGCCUACAGCAAUAAUCUGGCCACUGUCAGCUUCUCUGCCCCAAGCCUUAGCUAUAACUACUAGGAGUUGUUAGAAUGAAUUGUUGAAUUAUUAUACAAAUGGUUUAUAAAUUAAACAAAUAAAAUAAUAGCAUAAUAAAUAUUUCUUUCUACGGUUA